CUUUGCCAGUGCGCACCACCACAGCGAAGCAUCGCAUCAGUCUGCACCGGCUGUUGCUGCGGCCGGACGCACGGACGGACGGACGGACGGACCACCUGCAGCCACACAGGGAGCCUGAGAGCAGGCGAGGACGGGAGAACAAGGAGAAGGAGGAGAACAAGGAGAAAAAGAAGGAGGAGAAGGAGUAGAAGGAGAGGGGCCGGACCAUGGCAUCAAAGGAGACCCCAACACCUGCGGGCAUCGUCGGCGUCAGCAGGGAAAUCACAGAGAGCAUCAGGAAGAUACUGGACAAGCAGCCCGUUAAUUUUGUGCGAGCAAUCAAGCAAGACACCAGGAGCGGCAAAUCAGAGGACCGGAUACUGGUCCUGGCAACAUGGAGACUGUAUCUCUUUCCUGUCAAAGUGCCUACAAAGGCAGAGGUCACCUUCAACUUCUUGGAAAUCCGAGCAAUGAACACUUACCCAGAACACCAGGUCGUCAUCGAUACAGACAAGACCACGUACUCCUUGAGGCUGCAGACCCAGGACCAGCUGGAUCACAUGGUCAGCCACAUAAACUACGCCCUCUCACGAGUCUUCAACAACUCUAUUUAUGCCCCUCCUAUUUGUCGAGCCGAGGGCGACCUGACGGACGAAAGCCACAAGUUUUCGCCAAUGUCGGAAUCCUCGCUCGAGGCCCAGAAAACCUGUGGAGGUUUCUCUGAGACUUAUGAAGCCCUUUGUGACUACAAUGGGAUUGGCUGCAAAGAAGAAGUACAAUGGGAUGUUGACACCAUCUACCACUCUCAGGACAACAGAGAGUUCAACUUACUGGACUUCAGCCACCUUGACAGCAGGGACUUGGCAGUCAUUGUGGCAUCCAUUGCAUACAACACCUGGUUCACCAAGCUGUACUGCAAAGACAUGCGCAUAGGGUCAGAGGUGGUGGAUCAGGUCCUUCACACGGUCAGCAAGUCCAACAGUCUGGAGGAGCUCACGCUGGAAAACGCAGGACUCAAAUCGGACUUUCCACAGAAGAUGGCGUCAGCUCUUUCAGAGAACCCAGCCUCUGUGAUUCACUCCCUCAACCUGGCUCACAACACACUAGACAACCAAGGAGUCUCCAACCUGAUCCAACAAGUGUGUCGCCUCAACAAAGGACUCCGCCUCCUCAACCUCUCCAAGACGUCCCUGUCCUCCAAAGGUGUUGUUUCUCUCUCUCAGGCAUUGUGUUCAAGUGAUGACUACUCCAAUUCUCUGCUCCAUCUGGACCUGAGCAAAAACCCCGGGGUUCUGUCAGGAGACGACGCCACAAACCUGUACCUGUUCCUGGCCCAGCCCAACUGCCUGGUCCACUUGGACCUGUCCGGGACGGACUGUACCGUGGACUCGUUGUUUGGGGCCUUGCUGCGAGGCUGCUGCGCUGACCUCUCCUACCUGAACCUGUCCAAGAACACCUUUUCUCACAGAAAAGCGAGAGACUCGCUGCCGACUUUCCGCCAGUUCUUCAGCUCAGCAUUCAGCCUGACCCAUGUCAGCCUGGCGUCCACGAAAGUCCCUCCAGAUUCACUGAGGGCUCUGUUCCUCGGCCUGUCCAAUAACCCUCAUAUCGCUGAUUUACACCUGGACAUCAGCAGCUGUGAGUUGAGGUCGGCAGGUGCCGGGGUGAUUCAGGAGCUGUUUCCUCGAGUUUCAUGCGUGGGGACUUUAGACAUCUCGGAUAAUGGUCUGGAUGCUGACUUGCUGGCUGUCAUCCCAGCGUUCUCCAGGCACCCCUCCCUCAAACAUCUGAUGCUGGGAAAGAACUUCAACAUCAAGGGCAGGGUGCUGGAUGAUAUUCUGCAGAAAGUGGUUCAUUUGGUGCAAGAGGAAGAGUGUGCCCUUCAGUCUCUCUCGCUGGCUGACUCGAGGCUUCGCCAGCGAGGCACAGUGUUGGUCAAUGCGCUCGGCUCCAACGCCUGCCUGCGCAAGGUGGACCUGAGCGGGAACCUCCUGGAAGACUCCGGAGCCAAGAUGCUCAGCAAAGCCCUGCAGAUCAACACAACACUCAGGAGUGUGACGUGGGAUCGCAACAACACGACGGCGACAGGUUUCCAGGAUGUGGCGAGAGCGUUGGAGCACAACUUCACCCUGCAGUACAUGCCGCUUCCCCUCAGCGAUAUCGCCCAGGCGUACCGCGGCGCCCCAGAGAAGAUGGACCAAGCCUUGACCAAGAUCCAGCGCGCCCUGCUUAGAAACAACCAGACUCAGCGCUUCUCUCAGAAACAGGCUCUCAGGCUGCACCAAGGCCUCGUCACCAGCACUGCUGAACAGGUGAUGGAGCGUCUGUGUGUGCGGGUGCAGCAACAGGUGAGUGUCCUCAAAGGCUGUGAGGAAGGAGAGGAAGUGCAGACGGCCAGACAGAUCCUCAAAGAAGCCAGGAACUCCAGAGCUCUCUACCCCUCUCUGUGCGAGCUGGCCCACGUGCUGUCAGUGGACGGCCCCGUCAAACAGCGUCUGGACACUCUGGCCGGAGAACUGGCCAAAGCCGCAGACAAGGAACUGCAGGUGGUUGUGGACUCCAUGGUGUCGCUGUGCCGCGAGCUGUGUCCCAUGUCUUGCUCGGCGGCAGAGAGACUCAGCCCGCCUCUCUCGUCCAUUUCCGAGCAAGUCUCCAUCCCUCGCUCCGCCAUCCGCAAUGCUCUGAUGGAGAGAGCAGCCGAGGAUAUCAACCGAGCGAUGGAGGAGGUCAAGUUGUCUGUGGUUUCCUACCUGACAAACUCCAUAGUGGAUCAGAUUCUGCAAGAGCUCUACACCACUCAUAAAACCCUGGUACUGCUGCGGCAGGUGUCUCAGGCCAAGCGCUGGGACGACAUUGGCACAGGGAGACGCACGAUAAGACAGUCCAGAAUAGUGGAGUCUCUGGAGUUUCCUGAUGAGGACCUCGGUGUCGGCCUGGGAAUAGACACCAUGGCUAUAAAGAAGAGGAGCUCCAGAACGAGAAGGAUCCGUCCCGUCUCCACCAAACAGAGUUUAGGUGACGAACCCAGUUCCUCUCCUACUCCUUCUGCCCCGCCCCACUCCGCCCCUCUCAGCCACUCGGCAUCAUGGGAGUGCCUAUCCACCCUCCCCACCAACGGCUCGCCCUUGCGUCAUGUGACCCAUAUCAGGCCACGCCCACCCCGCAGACACAGAGCAGGACACCUCCCGACUGACGACCAUUGCUCAGAGAAUGGAGGAGUCAGUAUGCUGGAAGAUGGACUCCCUGAUUUCUACAGCAAGAGAGUUCUACCUGACAGUCAGUUGUCAUCAAUCCAUCAGGGCCAGUCACUGCGGAGGAAGAAACGACGCAGCGUCUUGUCCAUUUUCUCUGGCUUCCGCAAGAACCGCAACUCCACCAUCUCCAAUCAGGACUCGGACGCCUCAGAGAACGUCUACUCAAUGAUUCAGCAUCCCAAAGAUGCCAUGAGGUCAGAGUGCGCCGUUCCCGGAGCAAACGGGAACUUGCCUUCACCUCGGCCGAUGCAGGGUGUAGCCGUGCACGGCGUGAGAGCUGCCAGUCCCCCCUGCCUCACCCAAAGACAGUCCACAGACCUGGUCAGCAUGGUGUACAGCUGCAUCGGGGCAGAAAUCGAGGACUCGGACGGCAGCAGCAGCACGUGUGACAUCAAAGCGAUGAACCAAGACGGCGACAGGUCGACCGCCAUCUCGGACGCCCCGGUAGAUACCUGGACUAACGGUCACGUGGUGUCCUUCAAACCACAAACGGACAGACAGAUGGAGACGGGCCGGCAGGAGAGUAUCGCGCCACUGACAGACUCGCGGAGCGAGGUGGACGGCGACGACGAGCAGAGCGGCGGUGAAAGUGUGGCUCCCUGUGGGCCGAGGCCAGAUCCACCACCACAGAGCACCAAGCCCAGUCUGGCUGUCAUGAGGCAGAGACACCUGCAGGAGAGUUUAGCUGCCGCCGGAAAUAUUUACAAGGAGGCAGGAAGACUGAAAGGAGAAGAGGAACGAAAGUGUGAGGAGAAGCAGAGAGUGAGAGGGCCGGAGGGACAACAUCCUCUUCUCCCCAGUCAGACCAGUCUUGACUUCUCCAGAGACAAGAACUCUCCAGAAAACCCCAAGACCUUCACUAAAACCUCACCUGUAAGUCCUGGAGGAGAACCUACCACCGACCAGAGGAGUCUUGUUCAACCGAUCAGUCAAGACGAGGGGAUCAUUGAGGGGAGUGGCCCAGUGACGGAGGCAACAGAACCUGCAAUCAGUCAAGGUCAGGAGGAAGGCCGCAAUGGAUUUCCGGCCACAUCACAUCACACCAGGAAGUCCAACUCCUUUGACAUAGGCAUGGAGCGGGACAGUCCCUACGAUCUGGAGAGGUCUUCAGAUCGCAGAUUCCCUGUGAAAAAGCCCUGUUUCCCCCAGCACAGAAACAGAUCUCUGGACUAUCCUGCCGAGACCAGGUGUCAUGACAGUCCACAGCUCAGUAACAGAAAUGUUUUAUGACAUUACCAGCGGACCCGGAGAGGCAGAGAAGACUGGGACAACGAGGACUGGAGGGAGACGAGCUUUUAAAACUGUGCGGAUUCCACUGACGCAGCUUUUCUUUUUCCAUUUUAAAUCCGCGUGAACAUGUGUUGCUGAAAAUGCAUGUACUGUAUGCUUUCUGUUUUUAACCGGUUUUGCACUUGCUAUGGUUUUUCUCAGGCAUAAGGGAAGCUUUAACCUGCACUACAUCAAGUCAUGUUCAUACAAACACAGUGUUUCUCAAGUAUUUCUCAUGAAAGCGUUACUUUAUGCAUUUGUGCAAAACAUAAUUUAAUCUUAAUACUUUUCUGUAGUUCUCUCACUUGCUCUCCCGUCUCUUACUGACGAUCUGUGACGACCGAAAGUGAGAUUGUAGUUUAUUCAACUUUAACGGGAGGUGUAAAUACGGAGUCAAAGUCUGCACUAGCCACCGUGGUAACUCUGCCGGUUAAUAAGAAUAAUAACAAUAAUGUUUUUAUUUGUGAAAAUAUAUCAUUUUCAUAAACGUGUGUGUUAGUAUGCUUUUGUCGUAUGCUGAUGUUGAUGACUGAGGAACGUGUUACCAUGCACUUAGCUCCCAUUUAUUCGCGAGUAUUUAAGUCAGUGGUUCACUUAGAGGUUUAAUCUGAUUUUGCAGGCCUGAAAAUGAGUAUAUUUUCUAAAAAAAAAAUGCUUCUACGAAUCAGAAUAAAUAAAAUU